AUGAACGACAAAAAUCAAUUAUUGAUUUUGGAUAAAACAUAUAGAUGUGUUAUUCAUGGAGGUUUGAAGACACCCACAGAUGAAUUUGUAAACAUAUGUACAAUGUGUUUAAAAUACUAUGAAAAAAAUUGGGAGUCUAUAAAAAGUAAAAAAGGAAUAGUAAAAACAUUAAUGCAGUCAAUAUCUUUAUCAGAUAUAAUACCCUCAUUGGACAGCCAUCCGUGCAAAGAACACUAUUUAUACAUUGUUCGCCUACUGUUUGUUACUAAAAUUUUUCAUACAUGUAAGCAAAUUAAUGAACAAUCAACAAUUAAAUCAAUAUCAUCAACAACUAAACCACAUUCCAAGUUAAGAAUUUUAAAUAAUCAAUGA